GCAGUCCGCAGCAAACAACAUGUCGUUCAUGAAGCGACUCUACAAGGACGAGGUUUCGCCCGCGCAAUUUGUUUCGAGGCUGUGACAACGACUAUCAAAUGUAAAAGUGUCUGGGUCUGGAAACUUGUGAUGCAAGUCAGGGAAAAAUGCGCAUACUGUAAUGCACUGCCAAGCAUGACAAGGUUUUCCGUGGUUCAGUGUUGCGAACUCCGCAUGAGAAACUGCGUUUUUGCAUGACAGGCAAGAGAAGCCCUUUGCGGCCACGCAAUACAGAGCUCAGAGUCAUGCUGGACUAGCAUGACAAAUCCCGGAAUCUUCCAGACCCAGACACUUUUGCAUUUGAUAACGACUUCAAGGGCUGGAUCGUUGUGGUAUCGCAAGGAAAAAUCCCCCCUCCCCAUAUUGAAGAGGUAGGUUUUCGAAAAUUUGCGUUGCUGAUUUGAGGUCACAAAUCACGUUUGUGCUGCAAGAAGACAAGGGCAGCAGCUUCCGUCCCAUUAUGGAGCCGGUUUGUCAUGCUGUUGAGCCAACAUCGCGGACGCUUUUCAUGCUAAGCGCCUAAGUCAAAGCCUCUCUAGUACUCAGGCUUGAUAUGGGUCUGCAGUCCUCUCCAGCAAGACAAAUGCGAUCUGUGUACUCAAAUACUGCAUCUGUUCGGGCUGCUGAUUGUUCCACUUCCUCUUAGCGGUACCAGUUUCGCCUCACGCCUCAAAUACUGCAUCACAAAUUUCGUUUUCGAUAUGGGGAGGGGGGAUUUUUCUUUUUGAUAUGUGGAGCAGGAUCUUCUCGGCGAGGCAAAAACUAAUCCACUGCAGUCCGCAGCAAACAACAUGUCGUUCAUGAAUCGACUCUAUCAAAUGUAAAAAUGUCUGGGUCUGGAAGAUUCAUGCUGUUUUUGCAUGACACAGAAGGUCUGGCAUGGAAGCUCUAGCAUCACAGGUUUCGAGAAGCCUCCGCAAUGCCGAACCCGCAUGAGAAAUCCCCCAUUUUGGUGACAGAAUUGAGCAGCUUUUGCUACCUAUGCAUGAGAGAUUUUUCUGUGUUCGAAAAUGCGCAUCACAAGUUCGGAUCCUUCCAGACCCAGACAUUUUUACAUUUGAUAGACUCUACAAGGACGAGGUUUCGCCCACGCAAUUUGUUUCGAGGCUGUGAAAAAGCCAGUUAUGCAUUGCAAAAAUGUCUGGGUCUGGAAACUUGUGAUGCUGAGUGGCGUAGCACGAGGAGGCCACGACUGCUGGCUCAGCAUGACAAAUUUCUGAGCUUGUAGGAGUAGGUGUUGCCUAUUCUGCAUGACAAACUGCGUCUCCGCAUGACAGAAACCUGCGGCUCGGGCUCUUGGGCAACGUGCAUGACAGAUUUAAGAGUCAUGCCAGACAAGCAUGACAAACGUGCAUUCUUCCAGACCCAGACAUUUUUACAUUUGAUAGCAGUCCGCAGCAAACAACAUGUCGUUCAUGAAACGACUCUACAAGGACGAGGUU